ACAAACCACAUCCGAGAAGGAUUUCUUUUUGACAGCAGGAACCAACACCAACACACCAAGAUGGGAAAAACCGUAUUUGUGAUCAUUGCAGUUCUUGCAUCUUUCAUGCUGGCGGAUUCCCUGAUCUGCAACAAGUGCAAGUACGGCAUGCUGGGCUACUGCCUUUCCACCACUCAGCUGACUUGCAAGAACACCUCAUACGUCUGCUUUACUGGAAAAGCAUCUUUCACAACAUAUAGCUCUGCGAGCUUCAACACUCAGGGUUGCAUGAAGCCUGCCGGCUGUAACGAGACCACCUCGGGCAGCCUGGUGGGCCUCGAGUACACCACCACGCUCGCAUGUUGCUCAACAGACAAAUGCAACCCCCUCAAGAUCAGCAGCGGCGCCUCAUCCGCCAAGAUGUCCCUCACCGCCGCCAUCGGUGUCGCCGUCCUGGCCUCCAUGUGCGGAAGCUUUCUGUAACAUGUUGAAUGCUUGACCAGCAAAAAAAGAAGUUAAUUUUUUCUUUCAUACUGUAAAUUCAAAUAACUCACGAGUGUAUACAUAUGACUAUCCACAUGCUCUUGUGACACUCUUCCUUUGUCAUAUAUAUCAGGUCUUGUCAUGGCAAGGAUUAGUUUUUAUAAUCACGAGUAAAACCCCAACCUAUGGUCCGCGUCAUGGAAGUUGAUCAAUGGAAUGUUUCAGGGAAACAUUGAGCUCUUAAAUCUUCCAGGCUGUUUUGGUAUGUUUAAAAAAAACCUCUUGUAUUUAUCCUGAUUAACUUCUUUGUGUACCUCUGGACAGCACAGUAAUGUGAAAAUAAAGAACAUCUUUCAAAAUGA